AACGGCUGAAAGGGAGAACAUCUCUCUUCAAAUUGCUCUCAAACUUUGGCUGCGUGGAUUGUUAUUACUUCGUUAUUGUUUCGGAAAGCUAGCCGAUCUUUGUCAAACUAGUAGUGGGGUUUGGCUCGUUGAUAACGCGUUCUGCCACCUUCUGUCGCGACUAGCUUCGGAUCUCAGCAGCUUGGCUCGGAAUCCCUGCUUCAGAGGAUGGACAGUGAAAUUCAGCGUGAUGGCAGAGUCCUGGAUCUCACAGAUGAUGCCUGGAGGGAAGACAGACUGCCGUAUGAGGACGUCACCAUCCCUCUGAGCGAGCUGCCCGAGGCUGAGCAGGACAACGGAGGAUCCACGGAGUCUGUGAAAGAACAAGAGAUGAAGUGGACGGACCUCGCCCUGCAGAGCCUGCACGAAAACACACCGAGCACUGGCAGCUGAAAGACUAACCAGCAGCCGGACUGUAAACAUGAAAUGCACACACGCACUGACGCUGCAUUCAGACACACAUCAUUGUUUGGCUUUUUUUUCCCCCUCCUCCAUUUUAUUGUGUCUUGAAUGAUUUGCAGUGUAUUCCAGCGAAGCACAAAUGUAUUUAGAAGUUUUGUAAAAAAAGCAUAAACAAGACUCCAAGUUUCUGAUGUCUCUGU